AUGGCGUUUCCGCACCGAAGCAUCCGAGAAUGGCUGAGGGAUAUCCAUUUAGACUUGGAGGGGUAUGCUGCCAAGUUCGAUGACCUGGGAUACAAUGGACAGUUCCUGAUUGAAACAGAAAGUGCAGACCUCGAAGAUGAUCUGAAGGAUUUGGUGAAAAAAGUCCAUCUUCGUGUCAUCCUGAAGGAGCAUGCAAAGCUAACGACGCUCAAGUUCCUGGAGCACGCGGAUGCUGCUCCAGCCGGUCCACAAGUGACCCAGGUGAACUGGUCAUCACAAGUGCUGUUGCUUCGGAUGUAUCGUUCCGGGCCUGACCCACAAAGCAUUCGCAAUGGACAUGUGGUGCUGAUACCCAUUUGGUGCCUGCGCUCGAUCCAGGGAAAGGAUUCUUCUGUCUAUGAGCUCAUGCAUGACAUGCUGAGCGGUAGGCAGCGUCCAGAAGACGUCGAACCACUUCAGGUCGUGGUGAACGAGCACGGGCUGCACAUUGUGAGAGGACAUCGCCGCGGUCUUGCCUUGUGCGCUCUUCAAGGCAUCUGGAGAGACCGAACUGUGUUGGCACCGUGCCGUUUGUACAAAGCGGAAGACCCGGAGAUUGCCAGUCAGUUCGCGAAUAUGGAUACCAUGGUGGAUGGCCUUUCCAUUCAAUUGCAUGGGAAAUUGCCGGAAGCCUGGCACAUGGGCAAACCUCUUUUUCGCAAUUCACAAGAGUGGUGCGAUUCCAUGGCUGACAUGCCUGUCACUGUGCAGACCUUGUCCGAAAGCUCACAACUCCGUCUGCAGUACUUCAACAAAUCAGGCCCUCAAAAUGCGCGGAGAAGAGAAUCUCUCAGCACCAGUGGCACUGCACAGGCAUCACCUCCAGUGACUCUGCAGCUUGCCAGAGCUUUGGGAAGUCAGUGUGUUGAGCACCACCAACCCAUGACUGAAAGUGCCACUCAGCCCUCUUGCAAAAGCUCUGAGACAAGAAAUGGGUCCACUGAAGGGUGUGCAGAACUCAAAGAAAACAUGGUGGUUUGUGUGACAGGCAGCAUGGGCAGUGGCUCAAGAUUACUAGUUGGCAAGAUUCUGGAAGUUUCUCGGUCUCGCGGUGUCAAAGUGCGCUACAGGGGCAGCACUGCCACUGGCCAAUCAGGCUCAUUUACAGUCGAUUGGUUUCCGCUGGAAAGGCUGAAAGUUCCCAACUUUUCCAAGCUCAAGCAAGGCAUGCAUGCGACUGUCGAAGAUGUGGACUCUGGUUCACUUUUCCAUUGCAAUGUCUUGCAGGUGUCGAAAGAGGAAGACAGAGUAGAGGCCCCUGUGUAUGUUCACUACCAUGGUUACGAGUCAGAUUAUGAUGAGUGGGUAGGUGCAGACCGGAUUCGAAGCAAGGCUUUGAUCUGGCAUGAGCCUAGUCUACCCAGUGACAUCAUGAAGAGCCAGCACUCUGAAUCUGAAAGUGCUGCGACUGCCUCUGAUGCAAGCGAUGAGGAAUCAGCAGCUUGCAUGGAAGCGAAGGUUGUGUGUUGCAGGUGGUUGGCUGGCAAAUGCUUGCAUACAGGGCAUCAUGUUCACGGAAAAAAGCUGCACUUGCACGAGGAUAUCCAGGGUUUACAGUGUGGCUUCGGUGCAAGUUGCUGGUACAAACACUAUGAGAGAAAAAGUGCCUUUUGUGCAGAACAAGGAGAGCUCAAAGAGGGCAUGGUGAUUUGCGUCUGCAGCGGCUCACAGAUGGUGUCAGGCAAGAUUCUGGACAUUUCUGGGUCUCGAGGCGUCAAAGUGAGAUACGCUGCACGGGAAGAAGCAGGCACGUGCCAUGCAGAGUGGCUUCCGCUGGAAAGGCUGAAAGUACCUGACUUUUCCAAAUUCAAGCAAGGCAUGAAUGCGACAGUCGAAGAUGUGGCCUCUGGCUCACUUUUCCAUUGCAAAGUCUUGCAGGUGUCGAAUGAGGAAGACCGAGUAGAGGCCCCUGUGUAUGUUCACUACCAUGGUUACGAGUCAGAUUAUGAUGAGUGGGUAGGUGCAGACCGGCUUCGAAGCAAGGCUUUGAUCUGGCAUGAGCCUAGUCUACCCAGUGACAUCAUGAAGAGCCAGCACUCUGAAUCUGAAAGUGCUGCGACUGCCUCUGAUGCAAGCGAUGAGGAAUCAGCAGCUUGCGUGGAACCGAAGGUUGUGUGUUGCAGGUGGUUGGCUGGCAAAUGCUUGCAUACAGGGCAUCAUGUUCACGGAAAAAAGCUGCACUUGCACGAGGAUAUCCAGGGUUUACAGUGUGGCUUCGGUGCAAGUUGCUGGUACAAACACUAUGAGAGAAAAAGUGCCUUUUGCGCAGAACAAGGAGAGCUCAAAGGGGGCAUGGUGAUUUGCGUCUGCAGCGGCUCACAGAUGGUGUCAGGCAAGAUUCUGGACAUUUCUCGGUCUCGAGGCGUCAAAGUGAGAUACGCUGCACUGGAAGAAGCAGGCACGUGCCAUGCAGAGUGGCUUCCGCUGGAAAGGCUGAAAGUACCUGACUUUUCCAAAUUCAAGCAAGGCAUGAAUGCGACAGUCGAAGAUGUGGCCUCUGGCUCACUUUUCCAUUGCAAAGUCUUGCAGGUGUCGAAUGAGGAAGACCGAGUAGAGGCCCCUGUGUAUGUUCACUACCAUGGUUACGAGUCAGAUUAUGAUGAGUGGGUAGGUGCAGACCGGAUUCGAAGCAAGGCUUUGAUCUGGCAUGAGCCUGGUCUACCCAGUGACAUCAUGAAGAGCCAGCACUCUGAAUCUGAAAGUGCUGCGACUGACUCUGAUGAAAGCGAUGAGGAAUCAGCAGCUUGCGUGGAACCGAAGGUUGUGUGUUGCAGGUGGUUGGCUGGCAAAUGCUUGCAUACAGGGCAUCAUGUUCACGGAAAGAAGCUGCACUUGCACGAGGAUAUCCAGGGUUUACAGUGUGGCUUCGGUGCAAGUUGCUGGUACAAACACUAUGAGAGAAAAAGUGCCUUUUGUGCAGAACAAGGAGAGCUCAAAGAGGGCAUGGUGAUUUGCGUCUGCAGCGGCUCACAGAUGGUGUCAGGCAAGAUUCUGGACAUUUCUGGGUCUCGAGGCGUCAAAGUGAGAUACGCUGCACGGGAAGAAGCAGGCACGUGCCAUGCAGAGUGGCUUCCGCUGGAAAGGCUGAAAGUACCUGACUUUUCCAAAUUCAAGCAAGGCAUGAAUGCGACAGUCGAAGAUGUGGCCUCUGGCUCACUUUUCCAUUGCAAAGUCUUGCAGGUGUCGAAUGAGGAAGACCGAGUAGAGGCCCCUGUGUAUGUUCACUACCAUGGUUACGAGUCAGAUUAUGAUGAGUGGGUAGGUGCAGACCGGAUUCGAAGCAAGGCUUUGAUCUGGCAUGAGCCUAGUCUACCCAGUGACAUCAUGAAGAGCCAGCACUCUGAAUCUGAAAGUGCUGCGACUGACUCUGAUGAAAGCGAUGAGAAAUUUGCAGCGGAAUUGCAGGCUUCUUUGCUUGACAAGUUUGUGUGUUGCAUGUGGCUGGCUGGAAAGUGUUGGCUGAAAGGGCACCAUUCCCUCGAGGGAAAACUUUUCUUGCACGAGGACAUCCCUGGUCUACAGUGUGGUUUUGGUGCUAGUUGCAGGUACAAACACUAUGAGACAAGAAGUUGCUCCAUCGCUACACCUGUGAAUAUGGACCACUCUGAAAGUCAAAGUGUUGAGCCACACCAUUUGCAAACUGCCACUGCUUUGCGAGGCGAGACGAGAGAGCGGGGCGGUGCUUAUGCCACACCAGAUGCAUUGCCUACACUUGCCUUGCCUUGGUGUGAACCACUUGACUCUGGGACUGCCCUUGAAGACACUCUUCCACAACGGGACAGACAGUUGGGCCCACGCGAGGAGGACAGUGGUAGUGACUCCGGCACAGACUUCGAGACCUCCAUACCACCAUCCAAUGACAUGGAGUCAUCUUGCCUUGGUGCACCGAAUGACUGGGAGGAUCGAAUGGCUAGACAGAGUCUUGCUUGA